AUGACAACUUUCGUGGCCUCUCUGUUCUUGCCUCAUACGAUUUCGUUUGAUCUGAAUGAUGCGAAGGGAGAGGACAAUUCGCUGCCUACUCCGGCCAACUCCUUGCCAGUUCCGAACCUGUUGGUGACUUUGGGAUCUGCCGUUCCAUCGCCUCCAGCAACACCUGGUGUUGAUGCUCCAACAACGGAGUUCUUCUUCCCUAGUAUUGGUGCUACCUUAACGCCCGCACAGAGAGGCCGACCUGGAAUGAAACGUAUGCUCACUCAACCUCGUUCCCGGGCUUCCUCCCCUCCUCCUCCAAAUAUUGCGCUGGGCAAGGCUGCAACCUUAGAAGGCAUUCCGAAGCCCUUUACCCACCAGAUGAGGCGUCGUCGUCAGUCUUCAGUAGACGAAACUACUCUCUUCGCCACCGCGAACUGGACGGUUGAGCCUUCUGAUCUCGGCAACGGUGGGCUGAAGAACGCUAUCCGCGCCGGCGAGGAAGAGGGCAAACUCUCAAAUCGCGUCUGGGUUGGAACUCUGGGCAUGCCUACUGACGCUCUACAGGAAGAGACCAAGAAGAGUGUUGAGGUGCUCAUGCAGAAGAACCAGGGUUGUCUUCCCGUAUGGGUGAAGGACAGUGAUUUCGAGGGCACUUAUGACCAUUUCUGCAAGCAGAUUAUUUGGCCGAUGUUUCACUACCAGAUCCCUGAUGAGCCUAAGAGCAAGGUUUAUGAGGAUCAGUCUUGGAAGCACUACGUUGCCCUCAACCAGGCGUUCGCUGAUGCUAUUAUCGCUCAGUACAAGAAGGGUGACACUAUCUGGGUGAACGACUACCAUCUUUUGCUGGUUCCGGGAAUGAUCCGCAAGGCUAUCCCUGAUGCCAUCAUCGGCUUCUUCUUGCACGUGUCUUUCCCAUCCUCCGAGGUCUUCAGGUGUUUCGCUGUUCGUGAGCAGUUGCUUCGGGGUAUGCUCGGAUGCACGGUCAUUGCUUUCCAGACUAGUGAGUAUGCUCGUCACUUCUUGCAGACCUGCUCUCGUUUGCUCCGUUUGGAAGCUUCUUCGGAGGGCGUUUACCUGGACGACAGGUUUGUCUCGGUCAAGAGCGUGCCCCUUGGUAUCGACCCCGGAGCACUCCAGAUGAAACGCGAGGAGAAGGAAGUUCAGGACUGGGUUAAGCUUCUUAGAGAGCGCUACGAGGGUAAGCGCAUCUUGGUCGGUAGGGACAAGUUCGACCACGUCCGUGGUGUCAAGCAGAAGUUGUUGGCCUACGAGAUGUUCUUGGCGAACUACCCCGAGUUCAGGGACAACACUGUUCUCAUCCAGGUGGCCACCUCGACGACCGAGAACCGUGAUUUGCAGACGCAGGUUACGGAUAUUGUUACGAGAAUCAACUCUACUUACGCCAACCUGACGCACACGCCAGUUAUCUUCUUGCACCAAGAUAUCACGUUCUCGCAGUACUUGGCGAUGUUGACGAUCGCUGAUGCCUUGAUCGUUACUUCAUUGAGGGAAGGAAUGAACUUGACGUGUCAUGAGUACGUCUUCUGCCAGAGCCAGACGAAGCACCCCUUGGUACUGUCCGAGUUCACUGGAUCCGCAGAUGGAUUCGGUAAGGACGCAGCGAUCUUAUGUAACCCAUGGGACUACAAGGGUACUGCGAAGGCCAUCCACAAUGCGUUGACGAUGUCGAAGGAGGAGAUGGAGUGCAGAUGGGAGAAGUUGAACGAGUGGGUGCUCACGCAUACUGCUGUCGGAUGGGUCGCUACUUUCCGCAAGCACCUCGAGGCUGCCUACGUCGAGGCUACCAGCAGUGGCGCAUCUUCCAUCCCUCGUCUUUUGAUCGAGCCUCAUAUCAAGAGAUACCACCAGUCCAGGAAUGGUAGGUUCUUCUUCGUCGAUUAUGAGGGAACUACCGGAACCUGGGGUGACCCGCGUAACAGCGUCAUCACUUCACCUCAAGUCUUGAUUGACGCGCUGAAUGAGCUCGUUGCGGAUCCGUUGAAUGUGGUGUACCUCACUUCUGCGCAUGGUCCGGAGGAUCUUGAGGCGUUGAUGAGGCGUGUGCCCAAGUUGGGAUUGGUCGCCGAGAAUGGAUGCUACGUCCGUCCUUUUGGUCGACAGGACCACAAGGACUGGGUGCGCUUGGCGAAGGAGGAUGACUUUGCCUGGCACGGAGCUGUGAAGCAGAUCUUUGAGUACUACGCCGAGCGUACUCCCGGUGCCCGCGUCACCGAGAAGAACUCUGGCUUCAUCUUUGACUACUCGAAUGCUGAGGACAACUCGCUUGCUGCUCGCCAAGCUGGUGAAAUCAUCAACCAUGUCAACGAUGCUUGUGCCGGACAAACCGUCCAUGCGGUUCCCGGCGAGGGCGUCGUUGUCGCCGAACCCACCACGGUCUCCAAGGCUAAGGCCGCCGAGUAUUGCUGGUCAUUGCUCGACGGACGCAAGAUGGACUUCUUGUGUGUUGCCGGAGACGACAGGACUGACGAGGACGUCUUCCGCUGGGCCAACGAGCUCGAGAAGACUGGCGCGGUUGAAAGUGUCUUGAGCGUUAGUAUCGGAGAGAGGAACUUUCCACGCUUCGACCCUAACCCUAUGGGGCAGCCUCACGUGCACGCAAAACUUUUAAAGCGGGCAGUCAGGAUCGAAGCUGCUUCACCUCAACCAUGGCCUUCAUGCCGGUCGAAUAGACUCCUAGACGUCGCUACUCCUAAUUGCUUCGGCAAGGUGGACGGGACACAGGGAGUAAACAACGGACGGUCAUAUUUCUAUGGGAGCUUAACAGGUCAACUACGAACACACCGCUCUCUCAUCACGGAGGAGUCAACUAGGCUCUGA